ACAAACAGCCGCAUUGUCAAUUUUCUAGCAUAAAUCAUAACAAAAAAAAACUAUAAAAGAACUCAUCAAAUUGUGCAAAGUGCAGCAGCAAUUACUCAUACGCAUUAACCCCAGACCCAGAUGGGCAGUAGCAUCAUCUCACAGCUGGCGCGAAAGUACGGUGCAGUGAUAUUCUUUCCAACUGUUACAGUCGGCUCCAUUUACGCGGAUUGGUCGCAUACACGCGAGUGGAAACGCCAACAGCAGCAAGCAGCACAGAGCGAAGCUCUCAAGAGACAAAGCUAAGAGAAGAUUAUACAUACAAUGG